AUGGAGGAUUUGGAGAGCAUUUGGAAGAGGCUGAGUUUGAAUGAAGAGGAAAAUGAGGCCAUCAGCGUGCGGAUUGGAGGCUCGAUGAAACUGAAGAAGAGAGGAGAGUGCAGCUUGAUAGGGAAGGUGUGCUCAAAUCGCACUAAGGGGAAGGAUGUGGUGAGUGCUACGAUGUCCAAAAUUUGGAAGGUAAGUAGACCUCCUGUGUUUACUGAGAUUCGUACAAAUGUUUUCAUAGUUACAUUUGCAACCGAGGGUGAUAAGAGACGUGUGUUGGAAGGUCGCCCUUGGUUAUUUGAUAAUCUGAUGUUUGCAUUGAAGCCGUUUGAUGGAAUGACUCAGCCAUCUAAGAUUAACUUUGAUCUGGUAUCUCUUUGGGUGCACAUGCACAAUCUGCCUCUGUCAUAUAUGGAGUAUAGUGUUGGGAAAGAAAUUGGAGAAUCCAUAGGGAAAGUGGAAGAGGUGGAUGCACCAAAGGAUGAUGUAGGGUGGGGGAGUUAUCUGAGAGUAAAGGUGGAGAUGGAUAUGAGAAAGGCAGUGGCGAGAGGGAGAACUAUAGAGGUGGAAGGGAAGAAGCUAUGGGUUCCUUUCACCUAUGAAAAACUUCCUAAGCUGUGUUUCAAGUGUGGUUGUAUUAUCCAUGGGGAAGAGGGAUGUACAGGGGGUAUACUGUCACAGGCUAUAGAGGGGGAGAGGAAAACUCAAUUUGGCCCUUGGCUUAGAGCUAGUGGAGGCCCUCGGGGGAAUUUUAAGGGGUGGAAGGGGAAUACAGAAAAUGAAGGAGGUAGAGAGGAAAAAAAGGAGAAAGAAGUGGAGAAGGAGAGGAGUGGGGAAGAGGGAGUGGAGGUGAAAAAAGAUUCUGUACUCAGAGAGGAGAGUGGGAAGAUUAUAAUGAAUGAAGUUGGAGUAAUUGUGGAGGGGAAUGAAGGGAAGGAUGAAAGGAAUCGAGAGGAAAUGAAUGCUUUGGGUGGUGCACAAAUGAUUAGUGAGGAUGAGGGAAGAGUAAAUAUUCUGGAAAGGGAGAGGAGGUGGAAAAGAAGGGCAAAGGGUAAACAGAAAGAGGAAGGGAUUGAGGGGGACCAAAGUGUCAAGAAAAAAAGAGAAGGGGGGGAGGUACAGGAACCAGAAGCAAAAAGAGUAAAGAAGGGAGAGGAGCUAGUGGAGACUGACACUCAUAAUGUUGAGGUGGUGGCUGUGAAGCAGCCCCACCUAUUACAAUGA